UGCUAUCAAAUGGACGGUUAACUACUCGCGAGCGGUUAACAGCAACAAAAAAUAGACAAACAUUUGUCGUAAUACUCUCGCAGAGAAGAAGCAUGUCUUUUGUUCUUAUUCUGUGUGCGUGUGUGGUCAAAGUGAUAUUAUUUUGAUUGAGUUCGUUCUAAAAUCGUAACGCGUACAAGUGAGUGGGUGAGGGCGUGCGUGCGUGUGUAUGACUUUACUAACCCACUCACAAUAAACAAACAUGUGAUUGAGAGUUUGAUGACAUGCGGCUUAAAGAAUGUUGUUGUUACAAUGGCAAUUUCUAAAAACGAAGUUGUUUGAUCGGCCUAGAAAACAUGGUGCUAUUAUUGUAGUAGUUGUUUUGCAAUGCGUUACGUUCGUUCGUUCGUUCUUUAUACUACAGUCGCCAAUCGCCUACAAAUUGUUGCGUUUCGUUGGAAAAACGUGUCAAAAGAAGACAAACAAAAAUAAAAACAAUCCAUAUUUUUGGUAGCCACAUCAAAUAUGUUUCAAUGUCAAUCCUAAUGGAAAUGCUGUCUUGUUGACCACAACAUCAGUGAAAAGAAGCGAAAAGACCUUAAUUGAAAUAUGUAUAUGGAUUUGUACCGCCUUCAAAACCUUCAAAAGCCGCUGCUAACAAAAACCCAACAAGUGAAUGGUAAUCAAAAAGUCAAUAAAAACAUUUAAACCAAAUGAAAAAGAAAAUGGAAAAAUAAACGGAGCCCGAAAAAAAACCCUAUGAAAAAAAAAAAUGGAUAAACGAAAACAAAUUGUUUUAUGGUGUGUUUACAAAGAACUGCUCAACAAAAUGAAAGUGUACGAUAUCUCUAACAAAAAAGGCUGCCAAGGGAUUCAAUAUCAAUUAAAGCUUAACUUGAAAAAAAUAAAAUAACCAGGUCAUCCAGUAGACACAAAGGAGGGGAAAAGAAAAUGACUACGAAAUUUGCUUAACAAAACAUAUAAAUUUUUUUGUUGAUCGCUGUUGGGUCGCUGCUUGUCAAUUUGCUUCUUUAAGUUUGUUAAAGAUAACAAAACCCUUAAAGGAAUAUCUUCAUGACUUCAGCGGAAUGGGAAUUGCGUGCUCUCAAGGCACUGGAGCAAGAAGAGCAAGAACAACAAAAGCAGCAGCAUCAGCAGCCACAACAUCUGCGAAAGGACUAUUUGGCUUUGUCCCAAAGAUCUUUGUAUGAGCCUGCCGUUACGCCCCCCUCUUUGAAAAAGCAAUCGCAGAAACAAACUUCCCCGAACUCAAAGUCAACCCAACUCUUUUUACACACAGCCCUUAAUGAACCCCAAGAGCGAUUACCAGCCCAACACCCGAACAACGGAACGGUUGUUCAGAGUAACAGCACCAAUUAUGUGCAACUGCAGGCACAACAAUUGCUCAAACUGCCCACCAUUACAGAGCAUCAUCAGCAUCAGCAGGCCCUGAUGAGGAGGGCAAAGUCCAAGGACUCUGGCGGAGCCGGAAGUAAAUUGAAAUUCACAAAAGUUUUGUCAUUGUCGGCCCAAUCACUGACAAAUCGUUUGGGGGUGGGAGGAGGAGGCAACAGCGGCAAGAAAUCGAAAACCAAAUCCACAACAUCACCUGGUCGCCAUGCCUUGGCCUCACCCAUGUACACUCCACCCCCUACACGUCGUUGCAAUACCUUGCAUCACACUCCCACGGUGCGCAAGACCUUUAAGACUUUGCAACAAUUGGAAAGGCAAAAGCUGGAGGGACGCAGGGUUGGAGAGUUACAGGUGACCAGAACUUUGCAUCGCAUAGCGGGUACGCAUAAGACCUAUUGGAAAUAUGGCAUUAACUCCACAGCCAAUUCCAUAGUGGGACAACAUCAGCAGCAGCAGCAGCAGCAACAGUUACAACAGCAGCAUCAGUUACAGCAGCAACAACAGUUACAGCAGUUACAACAAAGACGACAAUUGUUGCAAGGACGCAGUCUAACUUCCGAUUUGGAGUCUUACACCUCUGAUGAAUUGGACUCUGAGGAUAACACAGCACGGCCAGCCAAAAUUUUGGGCUUGGAUGAGGAGGAAAGUGCUGCAAGUCCCUCGGUUUUGCCUUUAGCCAAUGAUUCCUUGUUGGACUAUGAUGACUCUGCCACCGAUGUGGGCUCUUGCACGGUGCCCUUGGCUUCAGACUCCAUAGAAAUGAUGAAUCUGAUGUUGUCCGCAGCCCAGACAGCUGUGAUUAGCCAAACCUCAAACCCAGCCCCACCCCCUGAUAUAACAGCCACAGAUCAGCUUAACUCCGGACUGGAAACCAUCUCAGCUGCAGCAGUAGCAACUGGUGGUGGUGGUGGUGGUGUUGAGGCAGCCAAUAAUGAUAUGGCCCAUUUCCCCAAAUACUUUACUUUGGGCCAUCGUCACUUUAGCAGCUACGACGAUGACAAUGAGGAGGAACGGGAAAUGUUCUCUUCGCCGCCAGACUUUCUUGCCGGCUAUCACCCACCACCCACUAGCAUGCAGGGUGAUGAAGAAACUGUUGCUUAUGAAGCUUUUCAUACACUCUCACGGCGCAAAAGCUUUUCAGGGGAAAAAAUGAGAGCGCAUUCGCUACAGCGCUAUGUUAGGCCCAACUACAGCGACGAUGUUAAUGAACAGCAUGUGGACAGCGACACAGGAAAUGUUGGCAACAGAACUUUGUCACGUAAUUCCAGACCUGGUAGCAGUCGUCAUUUAUCUCGUAAUUAUAUGAAUAGCAGAAGUCUGUUGAAAGCCUCCUCCAUAGAUGUGCCACCCUCGGCUUCCAGCUCUGCCAUAUAUGCCACAGAUUUUAAUAUCAACAAUGCCAAUACCACGAUUAUAACAAAUCCCUUAAUAGCACACAUAAAAAGCUCGCAUUCGCAUUCUCAUUCCCACUCCAACUCCUCUUCUUCCGCCAACUCAGCGUCUGUAACAGGCUCGGCUGUCUCAGCAGUUUCGCAAAAUAAACCUCAACAUCAACAAACAUCCGGCGGCAAUAAAAGUCUAAGAACGUCCCAACAAAUAAAACAAAAGCUAUUAACACCGGCUGCUCUUUUCUCUGCAGCAACAUCAUCCGCUUCCGCCUCUACGCCGUCAACUUUCAAGGAUUUAAAUUCCCACAGCUUGUUGGCCACACGCUCCUCCCAGCUGCAGCAAUUGUCGCCAGCCAGCAUGGUCUGUUCCACUGACGAUGAACUGGUGGCCUAUCAACAGCAUUUGAGUCAACAGUUUCAUCGUCAUCAUCAUCAUCAUCAUCAACAACAUCAAUUGUUACCAGCAGACUCUGGCACGCAACAGUCUUCGCUUCCACAUCAUCAUCAACCAAACCAUCCUCUGGAACCACAACACAUGGGCCUUGAUGUGUGUGCCAAUGGAGAUUUGUGCACAGCAGGCAUGUCCCCGCUGAUCAUCGAUGAUGAACUGGAACAGCAUAUCAAACAUUGUUCCUGUUCCUGCAAUCACAUGGGCUAUGGCAAUUCGAUGGAUUAUCAGAUUGCCAAGGACCAAACAAGCUAA